UCUUCAGAGGAAGUUUCCGCGGCAAACACUUUUUCCUGGAUCCACUCGUAAUUUUUUCCUCUUUUGUCGACUAUUAAAGGUGGACUGUCCAGCUUCUCUUUGACUUCGUAAUAAGUUCGUUAAUGUAUCGUUUACAACUUCGUGUAUAUUAUUAUCAUUUCCUCAUGGAAGUUUCUUUAACACUCGCUCUCCAUUCAAAGGGAAAACACCAGUGGCCUCAAAUCCAUUGAUUAGAAUUCUUCUUAUGGCAUUCUCCUGAGCUUGGUUUUGAUGUUUUGUCUGGACUGAAUCCAUUUUCUCUAGCGCCAAUUUUAUCAAAGCAGGAAACUGUUCCUUGGGUACAGUACCGUUGCGAGCGUUACCUAAUUUCCAUUGCGUUAAAAUGCUACGCCAGGCUGUUUUCAAAGGCCUAAAAAAGGCAACGUCCAACGGUUGCAAUAAAUGAGUAACUGUUGGGUGGCAGGCACACAAACGAAAUGUCAUUUUCUUCACAUUUCUUGAUCACAUUUACGUUUAAAUGUGAGGCAAGAUUGUUGCGCAUGAGGCAAAAUUGUUGACUCAAACCAAACGCUGAAAGUUUCCGAGUCGAUCCAACCAUGUUUCGUUCAAAUCGAUUCCAAAUAGCUUUUAAUAAAGACCUUCAAGUCCCGUUCUCCUAGUUGAAAUCCCCAAUCGGAGCAUUUGAGAAUUCCAUUCACGAAAGCCCGUUCCUCGUCUGUAUUGAAAACCGGCUUGCCUCCAGGCUUUAAAAUGUGUUUCCCAUGAAACUUAUUAUUUAGUGUUCCAUAAGGAAUUUCAAAUUUCCUUGCGGCACCUCUGGCUAGCCGCAAAAUGACUCGCAGUUUGGUGAGGUGACGCAGCGUGAGUCACGGUGAGAUUUUGUGAACCUAAUAAACAAAUUCCACCGCGAAUACAGGUCAGCAGUGUGACGUGACGCAGUCUUUGCCUAACGUGAUCCUGCGGAACGCAGUGUCGAUCCCGCAGUUUCUUGUAGUUAUUCACGGUGAGUAGUGGUGAAAAAUGGAAGAAAAAUUAAUUGAAGCCGUGCGGAUUCGGCAAGUUUUGUACGAUACCAGUCAUGCAGACUAUAUGAGGACAAAACUAAAAACUGAAAAGUGGGAGGAAAUCGCUAAAGAAAUCGGAAUGAAAAGUGGAUCUGAAGCAAAGGCGUUGUGGGAAAAACUACGACAUUCAUUGAGAGAUGCGAUUCGAAGGCAACAAAAAUGUUUCAAAAGUGGAGCAGCUGCAGAAACUAUCAAAGAAUGGAAAUUUCAAAAACAGAUGGGAUUUCUGCAGCCUUAUAUGGUCAAUAAAUCAAGAGAAGGAAACCUCCGACAAGACGAUGAAACUGAAAACCUAUCACAAGAUUUUGAAUCCAAUGUAGAUGUUGCAGAGGUAUAUAAUGAAAAUUCACAACAAAUGAACAUACAGGACCAACCCGAAAAUAUGGAGGAUGAAUCCCAAUCUCAGACACUUUCACAAACUGCUCCUACAAUGUUAUCUACAAAGCGGACGUUAAUUGCAACCCCCAAUUCAAUUAAAAAAAUGAAGAAAGAUAAUGUUACUACACUUUUUAAAGAAAUAAGUAUUGAGAAACGUGAGGAAAGAGCUAAAGCAAGAACGGAAGAGAGAAAAAAUUUGGUACAGCAAUUAAAUCUUACACAAAAUGAUCCACUAUUUCACUUUUUUUUGGCGAUGUACCAAUCUACUAAAAAAAUGCCACCCUCAUAUCAACACAUGGUUAAAAAUGGUUUGUUCAACGAAGUUUCACAAGCGCAGGCCAUGUUAAUGGGUAUUGGUUCUGCUGUCUACCAGCAGCCCAGCCCUGAUCAGCAGCAGCUCUACUACCAGAAUUUACAUUCUCCUCCUGCAGCCACUCCAUCCAGCAGCAGAGCAUCAUCAACUAGUUUCCAUUCGGAACAGUCACUCUUAAGCACCCCUGAAAUCUAUCCGGAGAAAAACGAUUACUCCACAAGUAGCAGUCGAGACGAGCUGAUUAAUUUGAUCACUUCUUUUCCAGAUAAAUAAUCUGAUAAAAAAAUUUAAUAAAAUAAAGUUACCUUAGAAAUACACUUAGUUUCUCUUCCGUCCCGAUGGGCCUUGUAGCGUUACAUCCUUCUGCGUCAAUUUCUUUUUUGAUGAUCUCAUGCACUUCGAUAAACUGGUCCCGGUUUAGCCGAAGAUAAUUUUUAAAUUGUUCGUCGUUAAAUUCUUUGGUCAUAGCAAAUUCUCCGUGACUUUUUCUUCUUUUUAAGUACAGACCUCUUGCUGCCUUUCUUUUGGUCAUUUGGGAGAUAAACAAUACCAAUUCGGAUACGAGCUCAUCUUCCGAAUCAGAUUCAGAACUGUCAAACGUAAGUGCCGUAGCUAUUUCCAUUGUGGGCCUGCAAUCAACCGUUAUUGCAAGAAGCAAACUGCGAUCGUAUUUGCGCGCGUUAGCAGUUAA